AUGAAAACACCUAGUAGUUUUGUUUGGAAGUUUUUUGAAAGAUAUACUGCAUUAAAAUUAUUAGAUAAUAAAGAAGUAGAAAUGAAAAAGAUUUCUUAUAAAUUUGAAGAUUGUGAUACAAAAUAUAUAUGGCUAGGAUCAACCAGUAAUUGUAUAACUCAUCUUCAUGAUAUACACCAAAUCACCAAAGAAUCACUUAAAAAUACAUUAGUAAAAGCAAAACAACAAACAAUUUACCAAGUAAUUUCAAGACCUCAUUCUUUUCAUGUUCAAAAAAAGCUUACAUAUCAACUUGUGCACUAUAUAAUUGCAUGUGCUCAGCCUAUUAUUAUUGUUGAUAAUGAUGAUUUUAGACUUCGAACAAAAAAUCUCAAUUCCCGAUUUAAAGUUCCAUGUGUUAAUAUUAUUAAAACUGUUAUAUUUAACUUCUAUGAUUCUGCAAUAAAUCAAACUAUAGAUCUUAUUUCGAAGACAUCAGAUACUCUUACAGAUUCAUUUGAUUUGCACAAGAUCGUACUUGACAUUGGAGAGUUGGAUGAAUAUCAUGCAUCUGAUAUUGUUGAAUCUGUUAAUUCUGUUCUUAAUAAAUUUAAAAUUAAUUGUCAAAACGUUUUUUCUAUUACUACUGAUAAUGAAUCCAAUGUCAGGUCUGCAGUGCAACAAAUGGGUAUUUCUAAUGUGAAAUAUGCUAGGCAUACACUUCAAUUGAGUGUCAAUUUAGGUUUAAAGGAAAUUACUCUAGAGCUUAAAGAGCCACUUGAUGUUAUUAAAGAUGUAGAUACACGUUGGAAUUCUACUCUUUAUGCUAUUAAAUGUCUCGUAUAUUUAAAACCUGCUAUUAUACAAUUAUACUCAACUCUUACUAACCAUACAAUUAGAGAGGUCAGAAAAGGAGCAGAAACCAUGGGCCCUUAUAUUUCCUUUUCAGAAGAAUUUGAAUUAUUAGAAGAACUCAUCGAAGUUCUUUUCCCUUUUGAUGAAGUCACUCAAUUUUUAAGCGGAUCGAAGUAUCCAAUACUGGGUUUCAUGACACCAAUUUUGAAAGAACUUGCUCAUCAGCUUAGAUAUUUUAUUGGACAAAAUAGUAUAGCAAUUCUUGUUAAAGAUACAAUUUUAGACAAUUUAAUUGAAUGGUGGGAUGAUCCAAAUGAAAUAGGCAUGUGCUGCUCCUUCCUCGAUCCAUGUUUUAAAAAGCUAAAUUUCUGCACUAAUGCUUUAUAG